CGGCGGCCCCCGGAAGUGGCGUGUCUGGGGAUGUCGCGGAGCGGAAGCCGAGUGUGGUGGGAGGCCGGCUGGAGACGCCGUCUCCUGUUGCUAGACGACGCGAACUAGCCUUCGUCACUUCCUCAGCCCGCCGUCUACCCACUCCCCAGGCCGGAACUCAGGGGCCCGGAGCCGCGGUGGGCACAGAGUCGUUCUCCGAGGCCCAGGACCGCGGCCCGCUCGGCAGCUGGAGUCGAGGCCACGCCACCCACCCGCGGGGAAGAACCCAAGCUGGAGUGGGAAGAUGGCUGCAGACAAGCCUGCAGAUCAGGGAGCAGAGAAACAUGAAGGGGCGAGUCAGUCCUCUGGGAUCACCGAUCAAGAGAAGGAGUUGUCCACCAGUGCUUUCCAGGCUUUCACAGCUGGAAAUUAUGAUGCCUGUCUGCAACACCUUGCCUGCCUACAAGAAGUGAACAAAGACGAUUAUAAAAUAAUUUUGAAUACAGCAGUGGCUGAGUUUUUUAAAAGUAACCAAAUGACAACAGACAGUUUGAGACAAACACUUAACCAACUGAAGAAUCAGGUCCACUCAGCUGUCGAAGAAAUGGAUGGCUUAGACGACGUGGAGAACAGCAUGUUGUAUUACAAUCAGGCAGUCUUUCUGUAUCAUCUGCGGCAGUACUCAGAGGCCAUAGCAGUUGGCGAAAAGCUCUACCAGUUCAUAGAACCUUUUGAAGAAAAAUUUGCCCAAGCAGUGUGUUUUUUGCUUGUAGACCUAUAUAUAUUAACCUAUCAAGCUGAGAAAGCUUUGCAUCUUCUUGCUGUCCUAGAAAAAAUGAUUUCACAGGGUAACAAUAACAAAAAUGGGAAGAAUGAGACUGGUAACAACACUAACAAAGACGGAUCUAAUCAUAAAGCUGAAAGUGGAGCCCUAAUAGAAGCUGCAAAAUCAAAGAUACAUCAGUAUAAAGUAAGAGCUUAUAUCCAAAUGAAGUCCCUGAAAGCAUGCAAAAGGGAAAUCAAGUCGGUCAUGAACACAGCUGGAAAUUCUGCCCCCUCUCUGUUUCUUAAAAGCAAUUUUGAGUACUUAAGAGGCAAUUAUCGAAAAGCUGUGAAGCUGUUAAAUAGUUCAAACAUUGCUGAGCAUCCAGGAUUCAUGAAAACAGGUGAAUGCUUGAGAUGCAUGUUCUGGAAUAAUCUUGGUUGUAUCCAUUUUGCCAUGAGCAAGCACAAUUUGGGAAUUUUCUACUUUAAAAAGGCCCUCCAGGAGAACGACAGUGUUUGUGCACAGCUCAGUGCAGGCAGCACUGAUCCAGGCAAAAAGUUUUCAGGAAGACCCAUGUGUACAUUACUAACCAACAAGAGGUACGAGUUGCUGUAUAACUGUGGAAUUCAGCUUCUUCACAUCGGAAGACCUCUUGCUGCCUUUGAGUGUCUGAUUGAAGCUGUUCAGGUUUAUCACGCAAAUCCCCGCCUCUGGCUACGGCUGGCCGAAUGCUGCAUUGCUGCCAACAAGGGGACUGCUGAACAAGAAACUAAAGGCCUUCCAAGUAAGAAAGGAAUUGUACAGUCUAUUGUUGGUCAAGGCUAUCAUCGUAAAAUAGUUCUGGCAUCACAGUCCAUACAGAAUACUGUAUAUAACGAUGGACAGUCUUCAGCCAUUCCUGUAGCCAGCAUGGAGUUUGCAGCCAUCUGUCUCCGAAACGCCUUGCUGCUCUUACCGGAAGAACAGCAAGAUCCGAAGCAGGAAAAUGGGUCUAAAAAUAGUAACCAAUUAGGUGGGAACACGGAGAGCAGCGAAAGCGGCGAAACUUGCAGCAGUAAAAGCCAUGAUGGAGAUAAAUUCAUUCCAGCUCCACCUUCCUCUCCAUUGAGAAAACAGGAAUUAGAAAACUUAAAAUGCUCCAUACUUGCCUGCAGUGCUUACGUGGCUCUGGCUUUAGGUGAUAACCUUAUGGCUUUGAAUCACGCAGAUAAACUUCUUCAGCAGCCCAAGCUGUCAGGAUCCCUGAAGUUUUUGGGCCAUUUAUAUGCUGCAGAAGCCCUCAUCUCUCUGGACAGGAUAUCUGAUGCCAUUACUCACUUGAACCCCGAGAAUGUCACUGAUGUUUCCUUGGGCAUCUCUUCAAAUGAACAGGACCAAGGAUCGGACAAAGGUGAAAAUGAAGCAAUGGAAUCCUCUGGGAAGCGUGCCCCCCAGUGCUACCCCAGUUCCGUCACCUCUGCCAGGACCGUGAUGCUGUUCAAUCUCGGCAGCGCCUACUGUCUGCGGAGCGAAUACGACAAGGCUCGGAAGUGUCUGCACCAGGCGGCUUCAAUGAUCCAUCCUAAGGAGGUGCCCCCUGAAGCCAUCUUACUGGCAGUCUACCUAGAGCUGCAAAAUGGUAACACCCAGCUGGCCUUACAGAUCAUCAAAAGGAAUCAGCUGCUUCCUGCGGUGAAAACACUGUCUGAGAUGAGAAAGAAGCCAGUGUUCCAGCCCGUCCACCCGGUCCAGCCCAUCCAAAUGCCGGCUUUCACUGCACACAGAAAGUGACAUUUUUGCUCUCAGAAAACUGUUACUUGAGACCAGGGGGGUACUUACAGGCCUUCUCAGUUGUAUCACGGCAGAACGAAUAAAAGAAAGAUGGUGAAAGGUGCUAGUUUUGAAGACACGCUUUUGAAACGAUUCUCACCCCUGGUUUUCUUUUUGCAGGAAGCUUAGUUAAAAUUAAGGGUUCACAAACUCAUUUUCAUCUGUUUUUCUUUAGUCUUAAACUGCGAGCCAUUAUGUGAUGUAUCUGUGUCAUAGGCAAUUAAAACACGGUCUUACCAGAA